GUCGCUGACAGCGCGUUUCCGUGAGUCACCUGAAAGUUUGCGUUUGUUCAGAGAAAAUUCCGUUUGAUUUCGCCGGAAAAGAGUCGACGUAAAAUCGAAUCUGAUUUUUUCGUCGCGAUCCCGUGCCUCUUUACGUGCAUCUUGGUGUUUUUCGGUGGAUCGACGAAGCGACCUCGCCUUCGCUCCACCAUCCGCUCAGAGGAACGCCAUUGUGAGCCAUAUCGACUGUGCCGCACGAUCCGUAGCCCCGACUGGUCGAUUAAUAUUUACGGACAAUCAAUCGGUGAAAAUGGCACAGGAACCCGACAUGCCCACCUUCAAGUGCGUCCUGGUCGGCGACGGUGGUACCGGCAAAACCACCUUCGUCAAACGGCAUUUGACCGGUGAAUUCGAAAAGAAGUACGUCGCCACUCUAGGAGUGGAGGUACAUCCACUGAUCUUUCAUACCAAUCGUGGCCCGAUUCGUUUCAACGUGUGGGAUACUGCUGGCCAGGAGAAAUUUGGCGGUCUCCGUGAUGGCUACUACAUCCAAGGACAAUGUGCCGUAAUCAUGUUUGACGUUACAUCCAGGGUAACGUACAAAAACGUACCAAACUGGCACAGGGAUCUGGUUCGAGUCUGCGAGAACAUACCGAUUGUCCUUUGUGGCAACAAAGUCGACAUCAAAGACAGGAAAGUAAAGGCAAAGAGCAUCGUGUUCCACAGAAAGAAGAAUUUACAGUACUAUGACAUCAGCGCAAAAAGUAAUUACAAUUUUGAGAAACCUUUCCUGUGGUUGGCGCGCAAAUUGAUCGGAGAUCCAAAUCUCGAAUUCGUCGCUAUGCCUGCCCUCCUACCGCCGGAGGUUACUAUGGACCCGCAAUGGCAACAACAAAUCGAGAAGGAUCUCAAGGAAGCUCAAGAAACGGCAUUACCAGAGGACGACGAAGAUCUUUAGUUUAUUUAAUGUGUUGCAAGUGGCCUUUACGAACGUAAGGCCUAUUACACGAGUGUCCUUUGUGUCGUGCACUCGUACGUUUUCCUAUAGAGAUAGAAGAUUCUUUCUUUGAAGAAAAUGAUAUUUGCACACCGACCGAUUACACCGGAUCAUUUUUUAAGCUUAUUUUUGCGAGUCUAUACAUAUACAUAUAUAUAUAUAUGUUACACGCGUCAGCCUUAAAGAUGGAUCAUAUGAGUGUAUUACAAUGUGAAUUGCGCACACAUGUGUAAUUAUGUAUACGAACGCAAACUCGGAUGUCUGGAUUUUGUAAAAUUCUCACGUAACGACGGUAAUAUAUAUUCGCACAAGUUGAUUAAUUAGAAACGGAAUAAAAUUAAGACGAGGCCAAGGAAAUAAUUUGUGAUACAGGUUUCAUAGAAUUUAGCUCGUUGAAACCAGCUACCACGUAAUGCUACUCGUUGCGUUUUUCGAUUCGCCUGCUUGUAUAGAUGUGUGCGUGCGCCUCUGUGCGUAUGUUAUGUAUAUAUACGUGUGUAAGAAGUGCGGAAUUGUGUCGAGGCAUAUUGUAUACUGAACACGGUCACGCGCUAACCCACUUUAAGGCGUAUCAAAAAUAAUAGCGUUACUUCUCCCCAUUUUCACUUCCAUAGCUUUCUUUUUUUUUUUUUAUCAUUUCCUGACACAAAAUAUAUCGGACUGCCAAUCUUUAAAUGGACGUGCAUAAUGAUUCAGCCUGCAAAAAUUAAUUUUUAGAAGAAAGAAUCUCUUCUAAGGAGCAUACGAAAUUAAUAAUAAAUUAGAAGCUACACACGAAUCGAUGAUACAACUCGCAGAAGAGUAAAAUUACCCGGACUGGAAUAUCGGUAAUGAUGAGAACAACUCGUGUUGUGUAUACAAUUUUUCUGAAGAAACUACUUAAAAGAUAACUUACUGGUAUGUACGUGAGCGUCUCCCGUGGAUGUAGUGUUCUAUUUUAAUGGAAAAAGAAAAAAAAAAGUUUCGAAAUUGGGACGCGAAAUGUCCGGUUCGUAGUCUGCUGCGUCUGUCUGCUUCAGUGAGAACUGUUUGCUAUUUUUAUAAGCAAAAGGUGAAUGUACGAUUCGUUCAAUUUAUAUAAACAGUUUCUUUUCUAUGCAAGAGGAUUCAAUGUUCUAUUGGGAGGGGAGAGCACGUGAAACUGUUAAUCUUGUCCUUUAUAUCUUGAUCCCUAUUAACCAAUGAAUCCCGCAGAGAGAGAGAGAGAGAGAAAAGAUGCGUCACUUGUAAAUUAAACCUUGCUGAAUUUCUAGCAUGAGGAAUAACUAGGAAUGAUACACUGCAACGUGUACAUUUAAUCUUUGUACACUUCUAAUAGUGUUGUAUUGUUCUCUGCUUGGAGCAGAUUAUACCGCUGUAUGUAUGAACUUUAAUAAAUUAUCAUUAAAUC